GGUCCGGAUCUUCAUGUCUGCGUCUGGAUGCCCGAGCUGCGUGUUGCUGAAGGUUGGCACUACUGGCUUCCUUGGGCCUCGGUAGAGUAGAGUAUAACAAGAGACGAAAGGCAACCUCCGGACAGUGCCAGAGCUAUGAUAUCAGUGAAGCGUCCCAGUGUUCCAGGGCAUCCAAGUGCACACCACCACCACCACCAUCAUCACCAUCAUCAUCAUCACCAUCACCAGCAGCAGCACCACCACCAGCAGAACGGCCAUCAGCUCCACAGUCUCCAGAACGGAGCGGCCAGCACGGCUUCGGCUACGUCGGUGGGAACCAUAACUUCGGCCAACAACAACCGACUGAUCCGCAGCCGGAACCAGCUGUCGGUGGUCGGGCCGCACCACCAGGCCCCGCAGAGUCACUACACUCCCGGCUACCCGGUGUCCAAUGGCGGCGGUGGCCUAGGAGCGCCUACUGGUGGUGCCGCUAGUGGUGGCAGUAACUUCCACCGAGCGACGGGCGCAUCCUCGUGGACCGGCACCGGCAACGGUUGCUCGAUCAUAACGAACGGUGGCAGCCUGUACUACAGCAGCAGCAACGGUGGCUACGGUGUCAGCUCGACCAGCGUCAAUCCCAAGAUUCGGGACAUCUACGACUUUGACAGUCUGUUCAUUCUGCCCGCCUGCGCCCUCACGUCCGACAAGGCGUCCAACUUGCGCAAGGACCUGGCGGCGUACGAUUUCGACAUCAAGAUCCUGGAAGAUACCAGCUCCAACGCGUCGUCGAGGGGCGGACACUACAACGUUUGGCAAACUGGAAACAGAGAUGCGUCCGCACAGAAACAGUCAAGGCCGUCUUCAGCCAAUAGAGAUCGCACCACGCUGCACGAUCCUGUGCCGCACACACUUCAUUGGUUCGCUUGCGUAGGCGACGAUGGCGUCGACUGCGGCAGCAGAAACACGGAAGAACUGCAAAAGGAGCGCGAGGAGCGAAUAAAACAGAUGAAGGAGCGGCAAAACGAGGAUCGGCAGAAAAAACUCGAGGAACUGAAGGCACAAGCGCUGGCGGCACAAAAGUUCCGCGAGCAGAAAGAGGAAGAGCGCCGACGACGGAUGGACGACCUGCGGAGGCGAGAAAAUGACCGACGGUCACAGGUCGAGGAGCGGCGCCGGGCCAUCAUCGAGGCCGACAACGAGCGGCGGGAGUACAUCCUGCGCAAGAACCAGGAGCGCGACCAGCGGAUGGAGACGAAACGGCGCAACGACCGCGGCUCGAUUCAGUUCGCCUUCGGCUCGUCGACGCCGCGGAUGAUCGAUACCAGUGACAGCGGCAUGUGCAGUUCGUUCUGGGCGCACAGGAGGGCCACGUCCAUCACGAACGUAGCGUACACCGGAGCGGCACUGACGAGGCGCAGUUCCGAGCGUGAGCUAACUGACGGUGCGGCCAAAAAGCGAGCAACCUCCGCCAGCGGUCUCGACCGAUCGACCGAUGACACACGGCGAAUGUCCAGCUCGAUGUACGAGGUAUUCAACUGGACCAGCACCAGCGAAAGCUGCCCGCGAAAGCUCACCUUCUCGCUGGCCGCUGGGCCCGGCAUCAACAUCGACGAACCACCGACGGCAGCCGAGUACCAGCCGGCUAUCACCCGCAGUAGUUACGCUAGCGGAAAGGACGAUACAGCAGAAAUGAACUAUCAGCGCACUGUCAAUCGUCGAAAGACCGAUCUAAUGCCUACCAUUCCUAGUCCUCGCGAUAGCUCUAGAUCGUCUCUCGGUACACAUACUCCCAGAACACCAGGACGAGCGUUCUCGAUGACACGCUUGGAUCAGCUGGCGACACCGCGUCGGCGCAACGGUGAACACAUCAGCGCGAUAGCGGAGCGCGAGCGUCGCCAGGCCCUGGAGCUGGACAACCUGACCCGCCUCUCGCUGUCUUCGUCCCGCUCGUCGCCAACCGGCACGGCCAGCAAGCGCAUGUCACGCAGCAUGUCGCAACUGGCCGGCGGCGGUGGCGGUGGCAGCGGUGGCGCCAAGUACCGGAAUCAGUCGCAGGACUCGAGCUCGGGUCGCAGCUACGGUGGCGGCGGAGGUCGCAAGUCCUUGUUCAACAGCUCGAUUCACAGUGGCAGCAGUUCGCCGAUGCGCCGUACCGACACCUCCAAGAGCAUGUCGCAGCUGAACGCCGCUACCAACUUGUCGGUGGGAAGUGGCCCCAGGUCCACCACCAAGACCGAGCGCUUGCGUCACCAGCACCACCAGCAGCAGCAACAGCAGAGCCCCUCGAACCAGCAGCAACAGUUGACGAAUGGUCUCCGUUCCGGCGAAAUGACACCGACCAGUCUGAACACGUCGCGGCCCGGAAGUGCCCUGUCCAGCUCGACCAUUGCGUCCGGGGUCGUGUACCGACGGUCUAUGCCAGCACAACGCAAAGCACGACCGGCUAGCAUUGCCGUUACAGGGGUGACCGCCUCCGGGUUGAAGGAAGAGAAACCUCCACUUCCAAAGACAGGAUCCGGUGUGUCGGCGGCCGGGUUUACGCAUGGUGGAAGCAAGCUCCGAUUGUCGAGUGCCGGUUCCGGAAGCAUUAACACGACGCCCGUAAAAUCAGCGUCCGGCACGGAAACUCCGACCAGGAAGCCACUGUCGUUGCACUCAGCCGAAAAGCGUGCGGCACGCGGUGCGAUCACCUCGCGUGUACCGUCGACGGCUUCCGCCUCGACGCCAUUGCAAUCGCCCGGACCGGAAAAGGCGGCUCGCAAUUUGCAGGACUCGCUGAAGAAAUCGGCCGAGGUGUCGAAGAAGUUGUCCUCGGUCUCGGACGAUAAGCCGGUCCCCAAGCAGCCGGCUAAGCAGGAGCAGGAACUGCCGGUAGAAGUAAAAGUUGAGGAGAAGCAACAGGAACCUGUCGUUUUACUGGAGGAGCUGCCAGUUACUGUGCCGGUGCAGCCAGAAACGGUGCCACAGGAGCCGUUGUUGGUGUUUGAGCAGCCGGCCGGGCCGAACAGUGAACAGCAGCCACUCGUCCAACUGGAAUGGCAGCAGCAGCUGCCAGAGGAGGUCAGUACGGUGGUGCAACCGGAAACGAUCCUGAUCGUAACGGAAGAUGUCGUCACACCAACGGCAUCGGUCGCUAUCGACGAGCUUGAAGUGUCGCCAGUGAAGCAGCAGGAACCAGACGGCCGUGACACUGCCCCCGAGACUCUAGUCGCUCCGGUGGCGGAAGUGCAAGAGAGCAAUCUGGUUGCUGUCGAUGCUGGUGCCGGCGGCGAUGCGAUGACGGCAUCGAUGAUCGCCAAGCGCAUCACGACCGAAGGGGAAGCCAAAGCCGCCCUAGCCGAGAGACGUCGGCUGGCGCGCGAAGAAGCCGAACGGCAAGCGGAACUGGAGCGCCAACGGAUCGAGGCCGAGGAGCAGGCCGAACGGCAACGCGUUCUCGACGAGGAGGAACGAUUGCGCAAAUUGGAGGAGGAGACGAUCCGUCUAGCCGAGGAGCAGCGCCGGACGGAGGAUGAACGUCUACAGCAGGCCAUCGAAGAGGCGCGUCGUCGCGACGAGGAAGACCGCAAGCGUCGCGAGGAAGAGGCCCGCCAGAAGGUUGAGCGUGAAGAAGCGGAGCGCAAAGCACGCGAAGAGGCCGAACGUCAACGGCUCGAGAUGGUCGAGCGACUUAAGAAGGAGGAAAAGGAACGGGAGGAACGCCGGAAGCGCGUGGAAGCAAUCAUGUCCCGUACCCGGGCGAAGGGAACGGCCAACAACACCCCUACGAAGAACAAUGAGGACGACAAGGAGAACUCCAUGUCGAAGAGUCAGAUUGUACUUUCGUCGACACCGGCCGCUCUCCCGACUGGCACCGCCAUGUCUGCGUCAACCAUUUCGAUGACCGACUCCUUCAUUGCGUCCGAAAUACGACAAGAACAGGAGCAACAACAUCUGCAACAACAAAAUUCCCAAGAAUCGCUGGAAAAGACCAUGGAAUCGUUGUCGCUAAGCAAUAACAACAUUAACGCCACCCACAGCAGUAGCAACAGCAGCAGCAACAGUAGCAGCAGUGAAACAAUAGCGAACAAUAAUAACAAUAACAACAACGGUGGCAACAACAGCAUCGAGUUUGAACGGACCGUGACGGAUAAGGAAAACAUGCUCCUUGCGUCCGGUGGUGGCGGCAUUCCUGCUGCCAACAACAAUCUCAACAACGGAACCAGCGGUGGUGCAAGUAAUGGUACCUCCGGGCCAACCAGCACAGAUUGUGCCCUCAACGAUGCUCCGAUGGUGAUGACGACGGCGAAUGGUAAGGCGGAUCCAGCCACCAGUAACGGCAGCCACGGCAGCAGCACCAACAGCACCUCGGAUCUGAUCAUCGAGGACGCGCUGAUGGGUCAAACCAACGGACACAAGAAUGGCACCAUCGACAAUGUGUUCGAGGAGCAUGUCGCUGACGCAAUGCCACUUCGUUCCGCCACCGUCCCGCUGGAGAUCGCUGACUUCCUUUCACCGAAGCGACAAAGUUACGAUCUAUGUGCUGCUGCCGCUGCCGCUGGGACAUUCGAUCCCUUUUCUCCUUUCGAUGAUGGUUCAUAUGGCCAGGAUGCGGAUCUGCAGCAACACUCUUCGUUCGAUUCAUCGGCGACUUCGUCGACUGGAACGACCGACACGACAACCGUUACGACGACUGGUACCGGGGCUGUUGCUAGCUACGACCAGUUGAUCGACUUCGCUAGUCUCCCCGCGGCUGACGAUGACGACAUCGGUUCCACCACUAACGAUUCCAACUUCAAUCCCUUGGCGGCACCGUUCGGUGGUGCACCGGAAGCACCCGGAAGCAGCGAUACCCAGCAUCACCCGUUCGACUACCAUAACCUCUCCAACAAUAAUAGUAUUAACUUGUUCGACACCACGUCGUAUGACGACGGGAGUAGUGCAACCACCACCAACACCACCACCACUAGGUUUAACAAUAAUAACAAUGCAUCCAUCGCCAACCCGCGGCUAGUCUCGGCCACAUCCGACGGUCAAGAACAUCGAGACUUGUCGCUCUUGUGAACGAGUAAGGCGCAUGAGAGACAAGCAGCACGCCGAGAUGAGGAAUGCAGCUUAUCAGAUUGAUCAGCUAUAGCAGAUUGUAAACCGAUACGAUACUAUUCGCCGUAGCAGUAAAGCGAGGCAACCGAGACAGCAGUAGACAUGCAAGGACGAAGGAAAAGCAUUCCUGAUUUUCAGCCACAAGCAACUGAUGAUAUCGGAACGGACCAGCUGAGGAAAAGCGGGUGGUUCCCUCAGUGCGGCACAGCGUGGAUCCUAGGAAAGAAUGUUACUGCUGCAAGGUGUUUCUCUUACGUUACGGCGCGACAUAACGUUGCUGUCACCAGCAGGAUGGAUGUGUUUUACCAAUAGUCAAACAUACUAGCUAAGUAAAAGAAAACAUGCUAACUCACACACGAGCAAAGAGCCGGUCAACCGACAGGCACAAGGAACGGAAAGGUCGCCGCUGUGUUAUUGUUGUAGGAUAGUUAACGAGUGGGAGAAAAAAAAAUAGCUUGUGUUAUUGAUAGGAUAGAGAACAAAGUUUCAAAUGAAGAGCAGCUUGAAAGGCAUCACUCCUAGCGAAGCGAAUGUCGGUGGCGAUCGGUGAAUCGAAUGGAUAUAUAUUUAUAUUCGCAUAUACAUUUAUACUACAUGCAAACUGCAUAUCUAACUGAAGAGUUUGCUCCGCUGCUGGACAUUGAAAGGAUGGUUUUCUUUUUAAUCACGUGUUGGUUCGAUCUUCAGGAUCGCUUUGGACCGCGCGUUACACAUUCAAUCGGACAAGUAUUUGCGUUGCGCCUGAGUUCGGAUUAAUUUUUACGUAGCCCAAUUUCUACUUCUAUUUUGUCUCUAACGUUGAUGUAACAUUUUGUUUCAAACAUCCGUUAGACUCCGUUCCGUUAGCUCAGGUAAUGUUUGAACACAUUUUUGAACGUUUUUACAUUGCACCAGUCAUCCUUUCUAAUCAUUUAAAUUUGUUUCUUCACUUUUGCCCUCAACAUUGUUGUUUAUACUAUUGUUUUAAUCAAACUCUUUUGAAGUGUUUGUUUUAGUAGAGUGCAUUCAAUAUUUAAUGUCAUGUGUUUUUCCUUUGUCUUUUGUGAUAGAAUUCUAUCAAGUGAGUCAGCAUUUUGAGUGGUUAUGCCAACGAGAAUGUCUAUAUACAAAUGUUUCGUUUGCUGCUUAGUUUGCAAGUAAACUGUUCUAGCUGCUACUGCUACUGCACAUUAUUUGGUAGAUGGCUGAUGUUAAAGUGGCAAUUCAUAUAAAACAUGACAAGAGCGCAACAACGAUUGGUUGAUGCAUUUGCGCAACACAUUCGCGCGUUGGAGAAUUAAAACGAACGACAUUAUUCGCGGUUGUUGUGGAGGGCGUGUGCAGUAAAUCUAAUUUACUAUAGGUGCCGAGCUAAUCAAAAUCAGCGCAGAGCGGGAAGCUUUAAAAAUAGUUUCACCCAGAGAGGACCAGGAGUGGCCGUUGUAGUUUACACAACAGGAGAGGUUUGAAAGUGUAAAGUAAGCAGAGAGAAUGCAUAGUCCAGAACGUGAUCCUUUCCGGGAUGUUCAAAGUAAAGCAAACCAAUAGUUAUUGUAUCCACAUUCAUGCGUGCUUGGUUGACUGUUGAAAACCUGCUGACUACUGAUUAAGUAUAGUACCGUGGUUGAUGCGCGCCUUUUCCUUAUCACUAAUCAAACUAGUAGCUACGCAGCUAAUGAAGGAUAAAGGGGAACAAUUCCACUGAUUCGGCAGUUAGGUGCAAUACAGAACAGUGCAAUGUGAUGCAAUAUAGGACUUGGAAGGCAACAUCAAACUGUCCGGCUCGCUGCUCAUCUUGUUGCUACAGAAAUUGAGUACGAUGUUGUGGCACACCGCUGAGGGCGACGACCCUGUCAGUGCCGAACAUUUGAUCCUUUUUGCGCAGGGUACUGCUGUGGAUAUAAAUAGAAUGAAUGCGAAUAAUGCCGAAGAAACCGGAAUGGUGGAAUGAGCGAGAAACGAUAAUCAUAGUAUUCUAAUCUGUUAAAUUAUGUAUAAAUCAAAACAAUUGUGAAGUUAAGUGUCUUUGUAAACACACGCGUACACAGAUGGGCGAAGAAGGAAGUUAAAACAAGAGAAAAAGGGAAAGAUAACGAGCAGAAAGAAAGAAAGAUAUGAGAAAGAAGGCGUCAAAUUGAACGAAUAUGCAAUCGUAAAGGAAAAUAUUGACACAACACACUAACGACACUUCCUACAUUAGCAUGAGAACACAAACCCACAUACACACGUACACACAUCUACCUUAAAACUAAAACUAUGCAUACAUGUGUUAAUUAACGUAUCACGACGACGAAGUUCCCCUUUGCUCGGCCGCUCCGAAAACGGGGUCUCAUAAGUCUGUUGCUUUCAAGUCAAUACCCCGAGCGAAAUGAAGCGGACCCCCACGGAAGCGGACAUCAGGUUCGGAGCUACAUCCUAAAGUAUGCUACGGACAAGGGAUGUUCUCCGCUGGAAAAAGGGUCGGCAUUCAUCGUGGCCCCACACAUACACCCAACAGUAGCUCUAUACUAGCCUAAAAGUUGCGCAGCGAGCAAGGGAGGACUAAAAUUAAAUUAUUCAAUUGUAUGUUUUCCAAUGAUAAUGUUUUUUUCUUUAUCUUAUUCUUUUUUGCAAUAAAACCAGAAGAAUAGUACCAGGA